UACUAUUAUUCAAACCGUUCUAAACAUGAAAUCUUUAAUAUUUCUAGUUCUCUCAUUAAGCCUUGCUUAUGGAGGAAGAGUAUUUACUCAAGCUGAUGUUCAUCCAUUGUCUGAUGAGAUGAUUGAUCGAAUCAACUCUAUUGGAACAACUUGGAAGGCUGGACGUAACUUUGAUGGAUCUUCAUUGCCAUAUGUUAAGAGACUUUUAGGAGCUAAAAGAGGUUCAUCCAAAAAGCUGAGACAAGUUCAUCACGAAAUCAAUGAAGAGUUACCAGAAAGUUUUGAUGCUCGUGAAGCUUGGCCCAACUGUACACAAAUCAGAACAAUAAGAGAUCAAGGAAACUGUGGAAGCAGUUGGGCUUUUAGUCCAGUUGAAGUUAUGUCUGAUCGUAUUUGUAUCGCCUCUCAUGGUGCACUUCAAGUAUCGUUAUCAGCACAAGAAAUUGUUGCUUGUUCUAAUCUCGGUGGCUGUGAUGGAGGAUUACAAGUAUUCGUCUAUGACUAUUAUUCAAGUGAAGGUAUUGUUACUGGUGGCUCAUAUCGUGGUGAUGGUUGUAUGCCUUACGAUUUCGAACCUUGUAUGCAUGGUGGUGAAGGACCCAUUCCGACUUGUCCUGAAACUCCUAUACCAACGCCAUCAUGUUCAAAGAAAUGUGUUGCCGGUUAUGAUAAAACAUUUGAAGAGGACAAACACUAUGGACUGGUUUCUCAUGUUCUUUCAUCCGAUCCAAAGCAAAUGAUGAAGGAAAUCAUGACAAAUGGUCCGAUUUCUAGUGGUAUCACUGUGUAUGCUGAUUUCCUUAGCUACUUUUCCACUCAAAAUCCAUUACUCAUCUUCCCGAUUGAAUUAAACUUGCUUGCAUUUCUUUUAGGAGUUUAUCAAAAGACUACAAACCAUUCGCUUGGUGCUCAAUUUGUCAGGAUAAUUGGCUGGGGAACUGAGAAUGGCGUUGAUUACUGGUUAGUUGCAAACUCUUGGAACGAAUAUUGGGGCGAUAAAGGUUUUUUUAAGAUCAGACGAGGAAAUGAUGAAUGUCACAUUGAAGAUGAUAUCGUUGCUGGAUUACCGAAACUUUAAGCAGUGUUAAUCCCUAUCGCUAAAUUGCCUGGAAGUUUAUUGCACUCUAUCCGAUUUGUACAAGUUACAAGUUACAGUUGCUAUUUGAUUAAGAAAUUGUGAUUUGUGAUUUCAUUAAAGAUACCAUAUAACAGCUCGAAAGCUGGCCAU